CGCAUGGGCGCAGCCAGGCGGCCGGGCGGGCGGGGACCAGAGCCUGAGCCCAGGCGAACCAGCGGUGCGCACAGCGUUGCCCGCCGCCCCGGGAACGGGCUCCCAGCCGCCCCUCGACUUCCCCACCCGGUUCUAGCACAGCCUCUCGGGGUGUCCAUCCAUUUCCUUGGGUGACUACAGCGUGUGUUUUGUUUUUCUUCUUUCUUUCCCCUGCCUGCGUGCCUUUCUCCAGGAUGGCAGAGGCGGAGUUGCACAAGGAAAGGCUGCAAGCCAUAGCAGAAAAAAGAAAGAGGCAGACUGAAAUAGAAGGCAAGCGGCAACAGCUUGACGAGCAGAUACUUCUGCUGCAGCAUUCCAAGUCCAAAGUGCUUCGGGAAAAAUGGCUGCUGCAGGGUAUACCCGCCGGAACUGCCGAGGAGGAGGAAGCCAGGAGGCGUCAGUCUGAGGAGGAUGAGUUCAGAGUCAAGCAACUUGAAGAUAACAUUCAGAGGCUGGAGCAGGAAAUACAAGCACUAGAAAGUGAAGAGUCCCAGAUAUCUGCCAAAGAGCAAAUCAUCCUGGAGAAACUAAAGGAAACAGAAAAAUCCUUCAAGGACUUUCAGAAGAGCUUCUCCAAUACGGAUGGAGAUGCAGUAAAUUACAUUUCCUCCCAGCUCCCCGACCUGCCAAUCCUCUGUUCACGAGCAGCAGAACCAUCACCUGGGCAGGACGGGACCAGCAGAACAGCUGCUGUAUACGCCAUGGAAAUUAAUGUGGAGAAAGACAAACAAACAGGAGAGACCAAGAUUCUCUCUACAUCUACCAUUGGCCCAGAGGGGGUCCAUCAGAGAGGAGUCAAAGUCUAUGAUGAUGGUACCAAAGUAGUGUAUGAGGUGCACUCAGGAGGCACCAUAGUAGAAAACGGAGUGCACAAAUUAAGUGCCAAGGAUGUAGAAGAGCUUAUUCAGAAGGCUGGACAGUCAAGCUUAAGAGGAGGGCACGUGUCAGAAAGGACUGUGAUUGCGGAUGGGAGCCUCAGCCAUCCUAAGGAACACAUGCUCUGCAAAGAAGCCAAGUUAGAAAUGGUACAUAAGUCUAGGAAAGAUCAUUCUUCUGGGAACCCAGGGCAGCAGGCCCAAACCUCCAGUGCUGAAGGGCCAGAGGCAAACUUGGAUCAGCCCGUCACCAUGAUUUUUAUGGGCUACCAAAACAUCGAGGAUGAAGAGGAGACCAAAAAGGUGCUAGGCUAUGAUGAAACCAUCAAGGCUGAAUUGGUCCUCAUUGACGAAGACGACGAGAAAUCAUUGAGGGAGAAGACAGUGACAGACGUGUCCACUAUUGACGGGAACGCGGCUGAGCUUGUGUCUGGGAGGCCGGUCUCAGACACCACAGAGCCCUCAUCUCCAGAAGGCAAGGAAGAGAGUCUGGCCACAGAGCCAGCCCCAGGAGUCGGGUGGGAGAAUGAGCUGUUAAAGGGAGAUGAGGUGACCUCAGAUACCACAGAAACAACCAGCCCAGACAUGACCAUCAAGAAACCUCCCCAGCUUUCUGAGGAUGAUAUCCGGUUAAAAAGCGAGCAAGACAACUAUAGUGCCAGCCUUCUGGAGCCUGCUCCCAGUUCUCUUCCUCCAGACCACAAAAACAUGGAAAUUGAGGUGUCUGUUGCAGAAUGUAAAAGUGUUCCUGGAAUCACCUCAACUCCACAUUCCAUGGACCACCCCUCCCCUUUCUACUCACCCCCACACAAUGGCCUCCUCACUGAUCACCAUGAAUCCCUGGAUAACGAUGUGGCCAGAGAGAUCCGCUAUCUAGACGAGGUGCUAGAGGCCAACUGUUGUGAUUCCGUUGUGGAUGGAACUUACAACGGCACAUCUUCCCCAGAGCCAGGUGUGGCGAUCCGAGUGGGCAGCCUGAGCCCACCUGCCCACACCAGCAUCCAGCCAGAACCCACUGAGAGAGCAUCUGGUAGGCAGGUGCCUCCUCCCAUUGAUCUCAAUAAAGGCAACACCGACACCAUGGCGGAGGGGGAAAGAGCAAAUGGCCACUCCCCAGCGCAGCCCAGGGAGGUACUGGGGGACAGCCUUCAGGUCCCUGUGAGCCCCAGCUCCUCAACUAGCUCACGGUGUUCCUCCCGAGAUGGGGAGUUCACACUCACCACGUUGAAGAAGGAGGCCAAGUUCGAGCUGCGUGCCUUCCAUGAGGACAAGAAGCCCUCUAAACUCUUUGAGGAUGACGAGCAUGAGAAAGAGCAGUACUGUGUCAGGAAAGUGAGACCUUCAGAAGAGAUGCUGGAGCUGGAAAAGGAGAGGAGAGAGCUCAUCCGGAGUCAGGCCGUGAAGAAGAAUCCUGGCAUUGCCGCCAAAUGGUGGAAUCCCCCCCAGGAAAAAACCAUUGAGGAGCAGCUGGAUGAGGAACAUCUGGAAUCACACAAAAAGUACAAGGAGCGCAAGGAGAAGAGGGCACAGCAGGAGCAGUUGCUGUUGCAGCAGCAAUUGCAGCAGCAGCAGCAGCAGCCACCCCCACCCCCAGUGCAGCUCUGCACAGCCCCUGCAUCCCCUCACGAACAUUCAAGCAUGCCCGAGAAUGCCAAGGAGGACAUCGUCACAGAGCAGAUAGAUUUCUCUGCUGCUCGCAAACAGUUCCAGCUGAUGGAACAUUCCAGGCCAGCGGUGGCCAAGGGCCAGAGUACACCCAGACUGUUCUCUAUCAAGCCUUUCUACAGGCCUCUGGGGUCAAUGCACUCGGACAAGCCACCUACCAUCACGAGACCAGCUUUCAUGGGAGGACCUCCAGAAGACAGUGGCACAUCAGCAGCCAAAGGGCAGAAAGCCCCCUGUGCCCUGGAGACCCAGAUGGCGGGAGGGGGACAGGGUAGUACAGCCCCUCAGGGCAAGGAAGGGCCCUAUAGUGAGCCCUCUAAACGUGGGCCCUUAUCUAAACUGUGGGCAGAGGAUGGAGAGUUCACAAGUGCCCGGGCCAUCCUCACUGUGGUCAAGGAUGAUGACCAUGGGAUUUUGGAUCAGUUUUCAAGAUCAGUCAACAUCUCUUUGACCCAAGAGGAGCUCGACUCUGGUUUGGAUGAACUGUCAGUGAGGUCCCAGGAUACCACCGUCCUGGAGACUCUGUCCAAUGAUUUCAGCAUGGACAAUAUCAGUGACAGUGGGGCCUCCAAUGAGACAACCAAUGCCCUCCAGGAAAACUCACUGGCCGAUUUUUCUCUGCCCCAGACUCCACAAACUGACAACCCCUCAGAAAGCCGAGGAGAAGGUGUCUCCAAAUCAUUUAGUGAUCACGGUUUCUAUUCUCCUUCUUCCACGCUGGGAGACUCUCCGUCAGUUGACGACUCCUUGGAAUAUCAGGCUGGUAUCCUGGUACAGAAUGCCAUUCAUCAAGCCAUAGCUGAGCAGGUGGAUAAAGCUAUAUCCAAAACCAGCAAGGAUGGAGCAGAACAUCAGGGACCUGAAGCAACUGUAGAUGAAGCUGAAACCAGCGCUUCUGGCUCAGAGAAGCCUCAGAGCAUGUUUGAGCCACCUCAGGUGUCCUCUCCCGUUCAAGAGAAAAGGGAUGUAUUACCAAAGAUCCUGCCUGCAGAAGACAGGGCACUCAGGGAAAGGGAACCCCCACAACCACUGCCAACCGUGCAGCCAAGUGGCCCAAUAAACAUGGAGGAGACCAGGCCAGAAGGGGGCUAUUUUAGCAAGUACUCAGAGGCUGCUGAGCUGAGAAGCACAGCCUCCCUCCUGGCCACUCAAGAAUCUGACGUCAUGGUCGGGCCCUUCAAGCUGAGGUCAAGGAAGCAGCGGACUUUGUCCAUGAUCGAAGAAGAGAUCCGAGCAGCCCAGGAAAGGGAAGAGGAGCUGAAGAGGCAGAGACAGGUCUUGCAGAGUACACAGAGCCCCAGGGCAAAGAAUGCCCCAUCGCUGCCCUCCAGAACAUCGUGUUACAAAACUGCCCCAGGGAAAAUAGAGAAAGUCAAACCUCCUCCAUCCCCUACCACUGAAGGCCCCAGCCUGCAGCCUGACUUAGCCCCCGAAGAGGCUGCCGGAACCCAGCGGCCCAAGAAUCUGAUGCAGACCCUCAUGGAAGACUAUGAGACACACAAAUCUAAAAGGCGCGAGAGAAUGGAUGAUAGUAGUUACACCUCUAAGUUACUGUCUUGCAAGGUGACUUCCGAGGUCCUUGAGGCCACACGGGUUAAUCGAAGAAAGAGCGCUCUGGCCUUGCGCUGGGAAGCAGGUAUCUAUGCCAACCAGGAGGAGGAGGACAACGAAUAAACUUCCUCUUAUCCAGGAAGCUUCUUUGGUGCUUGGGAUACCAAGAAACCAAGAAAGUAACAAUUCAAAGCAUUUUAAUGGACUAUUUAUUCAAGUGCAAACGAACUCAGCAAUCCUUAUGUAGACCAGAAGCUGCAAUGCACAGUGAUGAAAAAUAAAGUGAACAGGCCACCCAUCAAAAUGAAGUCAGACACCCAGGAGUCAAAAGACAAAGGAUUUUUUUGUGUGACUCAACACAUCUUAAAGUCUAUAUAUGGACCAAUCCACAAGUGAUCCCAAAGGACAUAGGCAUUAAAAGCUAAUCAGCAUUAUUGUCACAGGCAGAACUGAGAUCAGCCUCCCUGGCUGAUGAGGAAGGACACUGGUGACAGGGCCACGUAGGAAGCAGUAGGGCCCAGGCUGAGGCACACCUUUCUCACCCAUCGUUCGCAGCUCAGAGGUGUGCAGCUAACUCCAUUUUCUUCCGUCGCCAUGACAUGAGUGGUGUGUCUCCAUAAUUGCCCAGAAGAGGCUAUUAGGAUUCCAUUUCUCUUAUUACAUUGAACUGUUUUUAAUUGGAAACAAUGAAUGAUUUCAAUACAUAAAAUCCAUAUUUUUAAGACAGUAUUUCUUCAUGUUGCAGACACAAUCUAUUCUACAUUAAGGGGCCGAGAAAGGGGGAGAAAGCCAAACCAAAUGGAUUAUUUUAGCUUUAGAAUCUUGUCUGCUUAUACUAUUGACUGACGUGCAGUUUACGAGAAUACAUUUUCAGUUAUGUUUCUUCAUAUGAAAACUAUAUUUAGUGGGCAACAACUAUUUUUAUGAUGGGGUAGGGGAAUAUAUACAUGUAUAAAAUCUGUGCACAUUGAACAUCCUGGUUCAAGAUGGUAGGGAUAUUUUUAGAGUGGCAAUAAUUGAAAAAAAAAAAAGGCGAAUUCUGCCUUGCAGAGGUAGAUGACGAGAAAUAAAAAGGUGUUUAUAACUAUUUUGUAUUAUAAAGUGGGGCUUAGAAGUAGUAGGAAGUGAUGGAUUGCUUUUGGCUCAAUUAGAAAGGAAACAUUAAAAUAAAGUCAUGAAGGUAAAGAGAGAAACAGGGAGGGUGGGGAAAAGAAUGGGGAAAAAGGAAGAGAGAACUAUUUUUGCUGAGCAACCAGUGUUUUUCAGGAUGAUAGAAAAAUAGAGAGUAGGAAUUUAAGUGCAGGCUUGGAAUCAGCUACAAAUCCUAAAGAUGGAGUGUGUGUGUGUGUGUGUGUGUGUGUGUGUGUGUGUAUUACACCUUUUCGUGUGUAAAGUGUGUAUGUUCAUGAGUGAAGGGGUGUGUGCGUGAGAGGAUUAAAACUCCAGAAUGAUCAUGGCACAUGGGUGUACAGUUAUUUCCUCCAGAGCUGUUUGCCAGCUGCAGGAGUGAGUGAGAAUUUCUUUUUUAUGAAAAGGGAUAUAAAAGGCGCUGAACUGAUGCAGUAUUUGUAAUAUUAAACUGACCCAACGUGGUAUUCGCACGAGUCAAAUGGCAACGUUUUGAGCAGUUUUGUAAUGGCAUUUAGGAAAGGAUCCUAUUUAUUCUCAUGCUUUGUAUUCAUGCCUAGUGUGUGAUAGAGGAUGCCAGCUUUACACGUUCUGUCAUUUAAAGCAAUAUGAUAAGGGUAUUCAAUAAUUGGGUGCCCUAAAUUUCUGGAUGAGAAAAACUUUCAAUUCUGGCCAUGAGGGAAAAACAAAAACCAACAAAAACGGACCAGCCUUCUUUAUUUUUUCUUCGUUUUACAACUGUGGUUUUUAAAAAAGCAAUAAUUAAGUCAGACCUCACUACAACAUAUAUAUUUUUUUCAUAUUGUUAUGUCAUAACUCUAGUAUGUUCUAACAAGUAGCAGUUUCACAAAAUUUGUACGUAGAUGGUAUACACAUCAUCUUUGCUUCUUUUAUUAGACUAGUGUUGACUUUGAGGGGAACGUUUAUUCACAGACAAAGUGGUGGGCACAACAAUAAAAACGAAACUGUCUAAUCACUUACAAGGAUCCUUUAAAACUGCCCAGGGAACCUGUCAUUGGAAGCCAGCUUUUACAGAUGGAAGCCGAAAUAGCACAGGGGCAGGUGGCGCCAUCUUUGUAUGGUUCAUUCUCCUGAAUAUUCUGAAUGAAUAUUCCGUAAAACGUCCUGGCCUUUGAGGACACAAAACAAAUAAGAUCCUUGCUACUAGGAAUUCAUUUCGCGGUGGGGGAGGCUGGCAUGGAGACAGACAUUCCCAGGAAAACGAGACCUGUGUUAGAUUAGAAGUACCGACAGGGGAAAUGAGAGAGUCCAAGGAGGGGGAACCGGCUUUCCCUGAGGGCUUCUAGCUGAGGUCCCAGAUGCCUGAGCUGAGGAUCCAACAUGAGGGGCCAUUCCCAAGAUCGGCACACUGAUGAGAGCAGAGAAGGCAGCAGCAUUGCGUGGCCCCAGGCGUGGCAGCUGUCAGGAAGGCCAGAGUAGGCUAGUCCUACGGCUUGCACAAGAAAUAGCUUGGGCAUCCUGACCGUAGCCCUGAUGUAGACGACCUCCCCCGUGUUCACGAGAGGGAACCAUCCUCACGACCUGAGUGUUGUGUUCUGCUUUGAAGGAAACCGUGUAUCCUCGUGCAGCCUGCAUUGGAAAGGGAACUUGCAGCUGAAGGGAAGGUUUAGGAGGCCGCACAAUUCAUGGAGUCGCCUUAGAGGCACACGAAGUGGCCUUGGACUGCAGCGAAUGAACCAAACGUUCAGCGCUCAGGGAGAAGCGCAGUGUUAAAGAGCUGGGGUCCUUGGGGCCACGCUCCAUGGGCGGAUGAGGAAACAAAGCCCCGUUUCUGUGACUCUUCCACAGUCACAAGGCCGUUGAGCCGUGGCCCUUUCGGUUCCGACUUCCGCUCCUUCCUCGGUUGCCUUCUGCAUGCCUGCUGUUGAUUUCCUUGUUCCACUCGCUGAUGAUCUAGUAUAAUCCUAUUAAAAUGUCAAGUGCAGUUCCCUUGGGAGAGCCGGAUUUUCCCUGUGCUCUUACGUUUUUUACUCAUUCAGGAGACAUCGGGCUACCACGUCGUACAGAGAGCCCUGUGCCAGGCUCCGGGGUCCCAGAUGAAGCCCUUUAACUUUCUGAAAGUGGAAUGGAACCCCCACCCCCAGAGGAAAAUCAUUCCCGCCUCCUCCAUCAGAGUAAGAGAAAGAGGCUUAUGAAGAAUUUCGCCUCUGAUGCUCAGCCCCACCCCCAAAGAGCACACAAGCGUGUUCAUCUCAACUACAAGAAAUGUUCAGAUUCUGUAGAUGUUGAAAAGCCUCCCUGAAAGGAUUCCGUUCCGCAGUGUUGUUGUAGGCAUUCGCUUUCCUCCGGAGCUGAUUACCUCCUGACAUGCCUUGGGUUUCUCAUCCAGAAAUUAUGGAAACAGGGUCUGUCAGUGGCAGGAGGCCGGGCUGUGUUUCACUCGGAUGACACAAUGCAAUUGACUUGUCUCUGUCCCUAUGCAUGCCGCCCGCCCCACGCAGUGACAUAUAAGCAGUAUAUAGAUCAGUGUCCACAUGUAUACACACAUAUAUAUAAAGCAUAAAAAGGAACACACACAGUGUUGACUCCUUGUCUCUGAAGACAAACACUUUUUUUCCAACUAAAGAAUGGAUUUAAUUAAAUGUAUUGAAAAAAAAAAAUAGCCUAAGUGUUAGAGAUGGUGUCUAUUUCCAGUUUUAGUUACAGAACCAAUUCCCUGGAUUUUAAGCAUUCAGUGAGCUGCCAAUGUUUAUUUUGUGUUGCUCUUUACCCAAAUGACCUUUUCGUUAUUUCUUUUUGGGGGGAGGAGGGAAUAAAGCAGCAAUACUGUGUUUGGAAAUUAUACUCUGUAUCCGGCUUUCCUGUGUAUGUUAACCACUUAAACGUUAUUAUACCGCUUUGGUUUUAUAGUGAUUGUGAGGCAUUCAAUGCAAGUAUACAGUUAUUUUCUCAUUAAAA